AUGUCUGUGGAAGAAUUCAUCAAGCAGGAGUACGACUAUGUCAUUUGUGGUGGAGGUACCGCAGGCCUCGUCAUGGCAGCACGACUGUCCGAGGAUCCCAACGUCACAGUCGCGGUCCUAGAAGCAGGAGGAAACGGAUUGGACGACCUCUUGAUUGACGGACCCAACCUCUUUCUCCAGCUUAUGGGCAAGCCGGAAUACGACUGGGACUACAAGACUGUACCUCAGGAAGGAACGCUUGGCCGCAUCCAUGGCUGGGCCCGAGGACGGGUGCUGGGAGGCAGUUCUGCUAUCAACUUCAACAUGUUCAGCAUGGCUUCACGACAGGACCUCGACAAUUGGGUCGAGUUGGGAAACCAGGGCUGGGGCUUCGACGAUAUGAUGCCCUACUAUCGCAAAUUUGAGACUUAUCAUCCUGCCAAAGAUGAGUUUGCGGCGAAGGUGAAUGAUAAGUACAUCGAUGCGUCACUGCGCGGAACAUCUGGCCCUAUUCAGGAGGUUUGGCCCAAGACAAUCCUCAAUGCAGGGUACAAACCAUCCAAAGACCCUCGAAGUGGUUCCGCCAUCGGUGGCUUCAACCAACUCAACACCGUCGAUCCGAAGCAUGUCAGGAGGAGUUACGCGGCUAGGGACUACUACGAACCUGCCUCGGGUAGGUCGAAUCUGUCUGUUCUUACCCACGCAUUGGUCUUGAAGAUACAGCUGGAGAAGACGGAUGGAGAUGCGAAAGCCACUGGCGUAGAGUUCACCAAAGAUGGCGCUACACACACUGUCAAAGCAAAGAAAGAGGUCAUAGUGUGCGGAGGCUCAAUCAACUCCCCACAGAUUCUAGAGCUGUCUGGUAUUGGCUCCUCGGCCGUCCUACGCAGUGCGGGUGUAGAGACUAUCGUGGACAAUUCCGGCGUCGGAGAGAAUUUGAACGACCACACCGCAAUAGCACUAACACUGGGCGUCAAGGACGAUUACCCCACCGCCGAAGCACUCCUCCGAAACCCAGAACUCAUCCAACAAGCUUUGGAAGCCUACAUCCAGCACAAAGCCGGUCCCUUCGUCGCCCCUCCCACUACCACCGGCUUCGCAUCCCUUGAGAAGAUCCAGCCCGACUUACCCAACGCCGAGGCACACAUCCAAUCUCUCCUCACUGAAUUCGCCAACGCACACCCCGACUCCGACCCAGGGGGCCGCAACCCCCUCCUCGCCCGCCAACUCCUCGACCCAAAAGAAGCUGUAUGCCAACUCGUCACCCUUUCCCUCGGCGCCGACACUACCAAAGUCAACACGCCGUCGCAGCUCUUCCCCAGCGCCGAGCCAGGCAUGUGGAUUGUGCUAGCUCCCUGCUCUACACGCUCACUAUCCCGCGGAUCGGUGCACAUCAACAGUUCUGAUCCCGCAGUCCAUCCGACCAUCGAUCCAGCGUACUUCAAACACCCGCUCGACGUCGACAUGAUGGCGCGCGCCACGCUGCACAUCCUCAGCUUCACGGACGUCGAGCCGCUGAAAUCCGUGCUGCGGCGCGAUGAGCACGGCGCGCUGGUAGCGCCCCAGACCGGUGGCAAGUUACCGGGUACGCUGGAGGAGGCGAAGGAGUUUGUUAGAGCGAAUGCCGCGACGGAGUAUCAUCCUGUGGGUACGUGUGCGAUGUUGCCAAGGGAGAAAGGGGGCGUGGUGGAUAGUGAGUUGAAGGUUUAUGGGACCAAGAAUGUGAGGGUGGUGGAUGCGAGUGUGUUUCCGACGCAUGUGCAGGGGAAUAUUGUGAGUUUGGUGUAUGCGGUUGCGGAGAAGGGGGCGGAUAUUGUUAAGAAAACUGGAGGGAUGACGAAUGGAACGAACGGGACGAACGGGACGAAUGGGCACUGA